UCGGCGCUCGCGGGUCAUCUGCUGAGGCUCAGGCUAACGGCGGGGGUGGGAGGCGCGCGCGAACACUGCUGUGGCGGCGGUGGCGGCGGUGGGAGCGACGACGGCGGCGGGCUGGGCUGGAGGAGACGGCCUUUUCCUCACUGCCGGCUGAGCCCACAGUCCUCGCCCAUGAAGACUGGCCCACCAUGUUUUAUGGGACCCACUUCGUCAUGUCUCCACCCACCAAGAGCAAGCUGAAGCGGCAGAGCCAGCUGUUGUCCAGCAUGCUGUCCCGGACGCUGAGCCACAAAUAUCGUGACCUGGACACCACCUUCGCUAACCUGGGCGCCAGCGACGACCCCGCGGAGCUCUCCACCCAGCUCUCAGCACCUGGGGUCCUGAAGGUGUUUGGGGACAGCGUCUGCACGGGCACCCACUACAAGAGUGUCCUGGCUACCGGCACGUCCAGCGCCCACGAGCUGGUGAAAGAGGCCCUGGAGCGCUAUGCCCUGAGCCCCGAGUGCGCCAGCCAGUAUGUGCUGUGCGACGUGGUGGGCCAGGCCCGUGGCCACGGGCAGCAGUGGCAGGCCGAAUGCUUUCGGGUGUUUGGGGACAACGAGAAACCCCUCUUGAUCCAGGAAUUAUGGAAACCCCGAGAAGGCUUGUCCCGGAGGUUUGAGCUGAGAAAGAGGUCGGACGUGGAAGAGCUGGCAGCCAAGGACGUGGACACUAUGACGGCAGGGAUAAACGCCCAAGCCCGGAGGCUGCAGCGGAACCGCGCCAAGGGGACCCCAGCCCUGGCCUCGGGGGGCUCCUGGAGCCCCCCUCCAGCCCGGCUGCGCCGCACAGUCAGCGAGACCAGCCUGAGCCCUGCUGCCACCCAGGGCCCUGAGGAGCCGGGACACAACGCCAUGCGCUACUCCCUCUACGAGUCCCCACACCUGCUGCUCCUGCAGGGCUACAGCCAGCAGCACGACAGCCUGGUGUACGUGCUCAACAGGGAGCGGCACACGGUGGGCCAGAGGACGCCGUCCAGCCAGCCGAGCAUCAGCCUGUCAGCCCCCGACAUCCUGCCCCUGCACUGCACCCUCCGCCAGUGCCAGCCCUCGGGCCCAGAGCGGGCGGGCGGUCGGCUGGUUCUGGAGCCAAUCCCUGGGGCGCCCGUCGCGGUCAACUUCUCAGAGGUGGGGGGCCGGACUGUGGUGCUGCGUCAUGGGGACCUGCUGUCCCUGGGCCUCUACUACUUGCUGCUGUUCAAGGACCCGGCACAGGCCCAGCCCCUGCCUGCCCAGGCCCUGGCCCGCCUGCGGGCCGUGCCACACAGCUGCAGGUUGUGCGGGGCCCUGCUCCCGGUGGCCCGGGGCCCCUCCGCCUCCACACCCGCCGCCCUCCCCCGGCCGCGCCCACUCCACCUGGAGUUCGAGCCUGCCGUGGAGGACACACUGCUGCAGCGCAUCAUGACGCUGAUCGAGCCGGGCGGCGAUGACCACAAGCUCACCCCCGCCUUCCUCCUCUGCCUCUGUGUCCAGCACUCGGCCACCCGCCUGGAGCCGGGCUCAUUCGGGCAGCUCCUGCUCAAGAUGGCCAGGACAAUUCGCGACACCGUCUGGGAGAAAACCAAAGAACUGGCAGAGAAGCAGACGCACCUCCAGGAGCCCAUCUCCUCAGCCAGCAGUACCCUGGCUGGCCUGCUUCCUGACCUGCAGCACCUUCUUUUCUGGAUGUCGAACUCCAUCGAGCUCCUGUACUUUAUCCAGCAGAAGUGCCCACUGUACAUGCAGAGCUUGGAAGAGGAGCUGGAUGUCACAGGCUCGAAGGAGUCGCUGUUCUCCUGUGCGCUCUCGGCCAGCGAGGAGGCCAUGGCAGGCCUGGAGGAGGUCAUCCUGUACGUGUUCCAGCAGUGCGUGUACUACGUCUCCAAGUCCCUAUACGUCUGCCUGCCGGCCCUGCUAGAGUGCCCCCCUUUCCAGACGGAGUGCCGGGACAGCUGGUGCUCGGCCCCCCAGCUGCCCGAGGAGCUGCGCCGCGUGGUGUCUGUGUACCAGGCCGCCCUGGACCUGCUGCGGCAGUCCCAGGUGCACCCUGAGAUUGCUGCCCAGGUGCUGGCCUACCUCUUCUUCUUCUCCAGCACUCUGCUCUUCAAUCAGCUCCUGGACAAGGGCCCCUCUCUGAGUUGCUUCCACUGGCCCAGAGGCGUCCAGGCCUGUGCCCGCCUGCAGCAGCUCCUGGAGUGGACGCGGAGCGCCGGCUUUGGGGAGGCCGGAGAGCGCUUCUUCCGGAAGCUUUCCUGCACACUCAACCUGCUGGCCACUCCCCGUGCCCAGCUCAUCCAGAUGAGCUGGGCGAACCUGCGGGCCGCCUUCCCCGCCCUGAGCCCCGCGCAGCUGCACCGGCUGCUGACUCAGUACCAGCUGGCCUCGGCCAUGGGCCCCAUGAGUGCCUGGGAGCCGGUCGCCCCGGACCUGCCCGACGCCUUCAAGUCAGAGGACGUCCUGGAGUCCUAUGAGAACCCCCCACCCAUCGUUUUGCCGAGUGAGGGCUUCCAAGUGGACUUGGAGGCGGACAGCCUCGAUGACAGCAUCUACCAGCACCUUCUCUACGUGCGGCACUUCCUGUGGGGCCUGCGGAGCAAGCCCAGCCCUAGUGGUGGCCCCCUCCAGCCUGAGGGCCUCGAGGGCCCAAACCACCCCAUCCCAGAGGGACACCCUGAGGGACACCCCGAGGGCCAGAGCUGUCCCCUGGCUCCCAGGGACCCCAGCAGGGGAAUUCGUGAAGCUGGCCCAGCACACGCUCUUCCUUCCGCGGGGGCUCCCCGGGCACUGGGACCUUCAGGAAGGCAGCCAGGCCGUGGGAGCCACGGGGGCCCCCAGGCCGGCUCUCUGCACACAGACUCCUCCUGCUUGCUCACGCCUCCCAGCACCCCCCUCGAGCCCACUGUUCCUGACUGGCCCGACCCUGGCGGGCCCUGUGGGAAAGCAUUCCUGGAAGGGAAGAGGAAUGGACCAAGUGGCCCCCGGGGGGCAACUUCAGAAGGAGACUGUGUGGCCCCAGAGGACCAGCCCCCUCCGGCCCCCUCCCGCCAAAGCUCCAGCACUGAUGACUUCUGCUAUGUCUUCCUGGUGGAACUGGAACGAGGCCCCUCUGGGCUGGGGAUGGGCUUGAUCGAUGGGAUGCACACACCCCUGGGCACCCCUGGCCUCUACAUCCAGACCUUGCUCCCCGGCAGCCCUGCGGCGGCUGACGGCCGGCUGUCGCUGGGAGACCAAAUCCUGGAGGUGAACGGCAGCAGUCUGCUGGGCGUCAGCUACCUGAGAGCCGUGGACCUAAUCCGACAUGGGGGAAAGAAGAUGCGGUUUCUGGUUGCCAAGUCUGACGUGGAAACAGCCAAGAAGAUCCGCUUCCGCUCGCCCCCUCCCUAGGGGGCUGGAAGGAUGCCGGGUACCUAGCCCAGAGGUUGGCCACACUGCUCCCAGGACACUGGCCACACCUCCCCCUGUGGAUAAUGUACUUAGUGUAUAUUUUAUUUAUGACAGAUAACACUAAGCUGUGAUGUUUGUUACAGAGCUUUUAUGUUUGAAGAUUUGAAUGGAGAAGUAUAGAUUCAGUAAACUAUCUUUCAUAUUCUUGGAGAGUGGAGGUGUGUGCAGUCAGGGUAGGCGCCGUUCUGGGCUCCCCCGGGACCCAGAGGACUGCUGGGAGCUCCACAGGACCCAAUGCCCCCCUCCCCACCAGCGUGAGAGACCCUGAGAGGAUGGGGGCCGGGGUGAAUGGUGAUGGCGGAAUGGUUUUAACUAACUCUUGGACUGCCCUCCACCCUGCCCAGAAACAAGGAGUGACGGGCACACAGGGCAGCCCCCACGCCCAGGGAAAGACUAGAGCCGCCAAUCAGAGCAGGCUGCUCCUGGUCAUCACAUGCUCAGCAUAACCCCCAAGAAAGGGUCUAGGACCCCCAGAAGGUGAUACAGUGAGUUGACCCACCCUGGUACCCAGGCCUCCCUGAUGUCCGUUCUGAUCACUAAAGCCUGGGCUUGGCCCUAAUACCAGGCUCUUAAUCUGCACCCCGGCUGGCGGCCACCUGGUCACUGUCCCUUCACCCUGGAAGGAGGCCCGCCUCCUGCUCCACCAGCCGACUGACCACGCACAGUGCCAGGGGCAGGGCCGUGUUGGCGUCGUGGCGUAGGGGGGCUGGGACACCUCCACACGGCUGGACAUCUUCAGCAGCUUGGUAGCUGUGUCCUCAGUGCAGGGAACCCAGAGCCAGGCUCUGGACCAGGGUCCUCAUUUUUAACAGGAACAGAGAGACCCUGGGGACAAAGGGACCCAGCCAGUCAGCUGCAGACACAGCUCUCACGUGGACAGGGGUCCGAUGGACGGGGCCGCAAGAACGCAAGAACGGUGUCCUUGGUAGGUCCCCAAGCCGUGGGCCUCGUGCGCUUUACGGCGCCCCCUGGCGAACGCAGGAGAGAAGCGCAGGUGCAGCUGGCUCGGCCUCGCGGCGGCA